AUGUCGUCUGAUGUCCUCCACGAUGUGCGGCCCAUGUUUGAGCUUCGCGGCCGCAACUAUGUAGUCACAGGCGGAGCCCAGGGCAUCGGCUUUGCAUGCACCCGCGCCAUCUGUGAAAUGGGAGGCAAUGUUGCCGUGUUGGAUAUUCAGCAGAACCCCGUGGACGAGUUUCACACACUAAGCGACAAGUUCUCUGCAAAGGCCAUCUACAUCCAGACUGACGUUACUUCCGAGGACAGCAUCAAGGCGGCCUUUGCCAAGGUGCUGCAAGAGUUUGGCACCAUCGAUGGUUGUGUGCCCGCUGCUGGCAUUGCCAUUGAUAAGCCCUUCUUGGACCAGACGUGGGAUGAGUUCACCCGCAUUCAAGACAUUAACGUCCGAGGAACAUUCUUCGUUGCCCAAAUGGCAGCUCGUCAGAUGAUCAAGCAAGGUACAGGUGGUAGCAUGGUCCUUCUAGCCUCUCAAUCCGCCCACAUCGGCCUCCCGGGUUAUCGAAUGGCCGCAUACAACGCCUCUAAGGGUGGUGUGCUUAUGCUUUCUAAAGCAUUGGCAGUUGAGUUGGCACCGAAAAAUAUUCGCGUCAACACCAUCUCACCAGGCUUUGUCGACUCGGAGAUGACGAGAAAGGUUCGUGAGAUGAAGAGCAAGCGGGAGGGUGAACAGAUGUGGCUCGCGCCGCCUAAUCAGCGACUCAGCACUCAGAACGAUCUCACAGGGGCCGUGGUUUAUUUGCUGAGCGAUGCUGCUAGACACACCACCGCAGCUGACAUUCCGAUCACCGGCGGUCUUCAUGCGGGAACGAUAGAUGGGUUGAUUAGCUAUGACAAUCAGUAG